CCUGUAGCCCCAGUCCCUAGACGCCUGUGCACCCUUGUGCAUGUAGUCUAUUCCCUCAUGGAUCCCUCUCAGUCCGAACAGAUGCUGAGCUUACCCGCUGAGGUGGGCACCAACAACUUGGAGGUGGCGGAGCCGGACGAGAGGGAGGCUUCAGCAGCCCUCAUGGACAGCGGUCCCGGCUCCGAGGAGGCUCCAGAGGGCCCCGCAUCCCAACCGACGCGGGAGCCGGAGCCGGAGCCCGAGUCGUCUGCGAAAACGUCGACGCCGGAGAGCAAAGUCCUGCUCAAGCAAGCUGACUCCUUGGCGUCCAGGGGACGCCUCCGAGAAGCCCUCGAGGUAUACAGGCGGCUUUCGGAGCGGCAGCAGCUGGUGGCUGAGCAGCUGGAGCAGCUGGUGCGCUGCCUGGCUGAACACAUCCCGCCAGUCGGGGUGCCAGCGCCCUCGGAGGCGAGCUGCACGGCCAGCCGCUGCUCGGCAACGGAAGAGGCAUUGGCGGCCGCGGCUGCGGCCACCGAAGUGUGGGAAGGUUUUAAGUGCCGGAAGUGUCAUGGGUUUCUUUCGGACCCCGUGUCCUUGUCGUGCGGCCACACCUUUUGUAAACUGUGCCUGGAACGCGGGCGGGCCGCCGACCGGCGCUGUGCGCUGUGCGGAGUCAAGCUCUCAGCGCUGAUCGUGGCCCCAGGGUGGGCACGCGGGACCAGGAGGGGUGGCCAGCAGCCGCUGCCGCCUCUGCGGGUCAACGUGGUGCUCAGCAGCCUCCUCAGCAAGUUGUUCCCGGGCCCGGCACGGGCCUCGCAACUCCGGCACGAGGGUAACCGACUGUACCGCGAGCGCCAGGUGGAGGCGGCGCUGCUCAAGUACAAUGAAGCAGUCAAGCUAGCUCCAAAUGACCACUUGCUCUAUAGCAACCGAUCUCAAAUUUAUUUCACCUUGGAAUCUCAUGAAGCUGCAUUACAAGAUGCAGAAAUAGCGUGCAGGCUCCGUCCCAUGGGUUUUAAGGCACACUUCAGAAAAGCACAAGCCUUAGCUACUCUAGGUAAAGUGGAGGAAGCACUACGAGAGUUUCUGUAUUGUGUGUCCCUGGAUAACAAGAACAAGAGAGCAAGAUUGGAAGCCCAGAAGGAAAAUCUAGAGCUGCUGCACUGUUCUAGUUGGGGCGAAGCAGCAGAGCAGGGAGAUGGCAGCAGCCUGAUGAAGACAGCUAAAUUAAGGGUGGACGGUCAGCAAGACGACAUGAAAGGUGAGGAAGAAGAAGGGGAGGAGAAGCAGGAUGCUGCCUCUCCAGAAGCUGCCUGCAUCAAGACUGGCAAAUGCCAGGAAAAGAAAAGGAAACAUUGCCAAAUUGAACCCCGAGAAGACACGGAGGUGCCUAAUAAAGCCUCUAAGCAAGAUCCUCCGGCCUGUCAGGAGAUGAAACCUGCUUGUGGUAUUUCACGUGCAUCCUUUGACGUGUCUGACCUAGAGUGCGCCCUGUGCAUGAGAUUAUUCUAUGAGCCAGCUACAACACCUUGUGGGCACACCUUUUGCUUAAAAUGCCUUGAAAGAUGCCUGGAUCACAACGCAAAGUGUCCAUUGUGCAAAGAUGCCCUUACACAGUGGUUGGCAUUAAGAAAAUACAGCAGAAAUGUCAUAAUGGAAGAUCUAAUAGCUACGUUCCUUCCGGAAGAACUCAGGGAACGAAGGAGACUUCAUGAAGAGGAAAUGGAAGAACUUUCUAACUUAAAUAAGAACGUGCCUAUUUUCGUGUGCACCAUGGCCUAUCCCACUGUUCCUUGCCCCCUGCACAUCUUUGAGCCUUGUUACCGCCUGAUGAUUCGCAGAUGCAUUGAGACAGGCACCAGACAGUUUGGCAUGUGCCUUGGAGAUCCCGUGAAAGGGUUUGCAGAAUAUGGCUGCCUCCUGGAGAUCAGAAAUGUUCAAUUCUUUGCUGAUGGUCGCUCAGUGGUUGACAGCAUAGGCAAGAGACGUUUCAGAGUGCUCCAGCAGGGCCAGCGGGAUGGCUACAACACAGCCGACAUUGAAUACAUUGAAGACCAAAAGGUUCAGGGAGAAGAUUUUGCUGAACUCAUGGGGUUACAUAACUGUGUCUAUGAGCUAGCAUUAUCGUGGUUUCAUUCGCUCAAAUCAUCUCUGAAGAUUCGGAUACUCAAUCACUUCGGUCCAAUGCCAGAGAAAGAUGCUGAUCCUCAGAUUAACCCGAAUGGUCCAGCCUGGUGUUGGUGGAUACUAGCGGUCCUUCCUUUGGAAAGCCGAGCUCAGCUGCCGUUCCUGGCAAUGAGAUCCUUGAAGGAUAGGCUGAACGGUAUUCGGCGAGUCCUGGCAUUUAUAUCCCGAAACCAAAACUAGUGAGUGUGGAGUCCGAAGAGGAAUCCCACCCACCCCCACUGCCAUAAAGGGGGCUUCUUGUAAAUAUGUUUAGUUGCAAUAACAUCUUAACAGCAGGAGGUAUCAAGCAGAAUAAUUAACCUGCUUUGAAUCACAGAGACAAGUCAAACUGAAAGACCCAAAGAAUGUGAUCUAUGUAAAACUUUAUGUCCUACAUGCUUCUUGAUAUACUGUGCAGGUACAUAAACAGUAGAGAUGUUUAAGUGCCCAGAAAAAAAAUAUAUGUUGAUCUUCAUCUAAAAAUCUUCUGAGAGUUUAAGGUGACUUUUCUUUUAUCUUUUUGUUUUCAUAGAUGAUUAUGUUUGAAAUGUGAACAAAGAUACUAAUGUUGCUGCAUUGUGUCAUUGACUUGAGGUCUCAUUCCCAAAUGGUUCAGGUUUUAUAACGUAUUGUGUAAAAUAAGGUUCAUACUUCUUUCAGUUUUGAUAAUUUAUUUUUUUGCACUACUGUAUCCUUUUUUUUUUCUACAAGUGUGUCUGUAACUAUUUAAGUGUACAUCAUUGAGAAGUCAGUUGCUUUAUUUAUUCAUGUGGUUUACCGUGUGCCCAGAGAGAAGUAACAUUACUUCUGCAGUACAUAUAUAUAACAAUACCAUAAUUACAGCAACACUUUAUUUUUUACCAUAUUGAUCCCAGCUUUUAGACUAUUUCUGUCUGUCCAAUUGGAUAUUGAAGAUAAGUUUGGAGUGAUGUAGGAUCUCCUCCCUUGAUAUAGUCUACUCUUUGUUUUGAUUUGAAUGAAGCCACACAGAAUACUUGAGGGAUUUGUCAUCGAUUAUGGCAUGUGCUGGGGUAAAGUGAAAUAAUCCUUCGCAUAUAAAUACAAAAGCGUGAUCAAGAAUUAUUUUUCUAGAAUGAAGGGAUGAAUCAGAGGAGUAUCUUUUAUUAGGGCAUUUUGGUUUUAUGGGCAUUGUGGUUCAGCAACAUAAUUAGAGCUGUAUCUAAUUUCUUACCCUGCAGUUAGAAAAUGUGAUUUUAGGUGCAGUAGGAUUUAACUGUUAAGGAAUGACACCAAAUAUAGCAUAUCAUAGCCAUGUACCACUGCUCCCCUUCCGCCCCCAAUGCCAACCUCUGUGCAUGGUUCUGAUCAAGAUCUGGGAUAGCAUGUAUGGAAACAUUUGAUGAAGGACUAUUUGUUGUCAGAAGUGAAAAAGCCAGAUAGGAUAUAGCUCUCUUAAACUCUUCUUAAGGGAACCAUACAGUUAGUCCAUGCUGUCCUCUAAACACUGUCUAGUCUCUUAAUUGCAAUGAGCCAAAUAUCUCAAUACAGAGGGGGAGUAGUUAUAGCUUGCUUGGUGCUAGUUUGAUUCCUUUGGUGUCAGGAGAACUUGAAAGUACCCUGAUUAUGGGAGUGUUAUAAUGCUAUAGUUGACAGACUAGUGUAGGGAACAAGUGAAUUCCACCAUUCGUACUUGCCUGCAUACUCUCCCCCAUGUGGUGUUGGGCACCUGUGGUGUUACUUGUUCACAGCCCCUCUAUUCUGUGAAGGUGAGAGUGUAAUGUUUCUGGCAAUCAGUCUGACUUCCAUCACCACCUGUGGCCAAAAACAGGCAAAGGAGAAAGAGAUGAUCCAGGUACAAUAAACAAAGACCAAGAGAUCUUUUUCUAUACUUACUUAAUGAAGAUUAUGUUGUCAAAACAUUAUGUCACCAGGUUAAUGUUUGGAGUAAGUAAGGAGUAGAAAGAUGUGCAAGUGUAGACCUCGUGGCUAUGCAAACACCAGAAGGGAGCAGCAAACGAGGGGCACUGUCUUCCACCUGGUGACUGGCCAGAAAUUAGCUGCUGUGAGCGUAUAGUUUCAGAAUAUUGGCCAGAGCCUACAUUUGCAUAAAUUGUUAAGCACUGCCUUUACACAUGGAAGUCUCUUGCAGCCCCUUUAAACGUGUUUGUUAGAGUCCAUGCUAUUAGUUUUAGACCACAGUUGCUGAUUUGAAGCAUCAGAAGUUUGAACUAAAUCCCAUACCAGCAACCUUAUCCCCAUUUCAGUAAGGGACGAAAAGGAUCAUUGCUUUGAGGUCUGGAAUUUCUGAUAGAAUGGAAAUCUUAAAUUCUAGCUCCAUUCAUGUAACUAACCCAAUACUUUCUGUUCAUCCAAAUGUAUUUAGAAUCUUGCCCAUGCCUGGGUGAUUGGAUUUUAAUCUAUGGAUUUUGUGUUUACUUCAUGGAACAGAUUCAACAGAAAUGUACUGAUGCUACCAUGUACAAGGUCAUGAAUCAUGAGACCUCCACAUAGCUAAGUUAUUGCAUUUAUUUCUCAUACUCACCUGGUGACAACAGUUACCAUAUUAUGGGUGAGAAAACUGAGGCUCUGCAAUGUUAACCACUUCACCCAGACCGCAUAGUCAAGGAAUGGCCAAGCUAAUUAUAAACACAUUAUUUUGCAGAUUUGCAGCAUUUUAGAUAGUUUGUAUUCCACACUUUUGGUUAAAAAGGCCUGGCAAUGAAAUCACAAAGGUGUCCCCAAAAAAAGUCAUAGCUUCAGUAAAAUUAAUCUACCCAAUGUAUGUUUUGUUUCACCUGAGUUUGAUUUCUUAAUAAAGUUCCACAUCACAGAAAUGGCUCCCCUUGAUGAGUGAGUACUCAUCUCCAGUAGAUAUUGAUCUUGACCAGGCAGAACUGCACUUUCCUCUUGGUAGCCUAGACAGAUACACAUGUGGGCUGUUGUACCCCCAAGGUUUUGUGAUGGGAGUGUUGGCAGGCAGGAUGUGCUGUGCUUUUUUGGAUGUACUUAAAUGGGGUAAUUCAUUGGACUUGAUCAGUUUUGUAAACUGCUUUUGCUGAUCACCUAUAGAAUAAAGAACAUACAGAGACAGAACUUAAGGGUAAAUGUAGGCCCAGACAAGAUAUCCCCCUUGUCACUUACUAUGUUGCUUUUUUUCUGUUGAGCAUGACUGACAAUAGUCUUUUCCUAAUAUAUUACUUCUGUCUCUGUGUGUAACUAUGUGUACAUGUAUACAUACCAUGUGUAUACUAGGUAACAAGCAUACAUCAUUGCCUUUCUGCUUUGUACUGUACUAAUGCUGCUAGCUAAUAACCAGCAAAAUGUAGAAAAUGAAAAGAAAAACAAAAAAUUGUUUUUAUAGACAACUCAAAGAAAGAACUGCCUGCCCCUGGCUUAGUGGGGCUGAGAAUAGAUGAAUUCAUCUAUUUGCCUUUUCUGAGGGACAAUUGGUUCUAGCCCAGUGUCACCUCAACAGCAAGGGGCAAGCCAUUGCACCUGUGUUUCUCUCCAGCAUGGCCUGUAAAACUGGCCUGGGCUCACAGUGCCCCCUGGUGAUUGGCCAAUGGAGCAGUGGCCUGCUUGAGGCUGGUUCACAGCACCCAGAGGUCUCUCGGUGUAAGCAGACUACACACUGUUGGACUGCAGUCUCCUGCAGACUGUAUCAUCCACACUCACUCCAUUGCCAAGAUGGGAGUUUGAUUCAAUCCUCAUUUUGUGAGUUCCAUACAUAGUAAAUUUGCAUCCAUUUGAGCUCACCAAGGAAGGAUCAUAGUAGGGAUGUGUGGCCAUGAUGCAAAUGGAAGGCAGCCCAGACUAUGGAAAAGUGCAGAUUUUCAGCUCUUUUCUGGAACUUGAGGAAACAAGAUUUUGAUUUAUGAUUGAAGACAUUUUUUUGAAAAAUGGCUGGAGGCAUAAGCUUCCACCUGCUCCAUUUCCUACAUGCAGAGGGAAGGAAAAGGAGCCAUAGAAGAUGGGCACUUUCAGUUUAUCUGAGAAUGAUAGCUCCCAUUUGUGGUUAUUCAACAAUUUAAUAAUCUGGGUUACGUACAUCCAGAGGUGAAAUGAAGAAGUUAGCACUUACAAAUGGGUGUUUAAAACAUGCUAAGGUAACCUCCAGAGAGAAGUGCCUGUAAUCUGUGUUCCUAGUGUCACUUUAAAGCUUUUGCGUCAUGACUUCCUAGCUGUUUUGGGUUUUUGUUGUUUUUUGGGUUUUGUUUUUGUUUUUGUUUUACAGCAAACAUGAUUAGUGGAUGUUUACAAAGCAACACUGUAGCUUUGGCAUCAUUUUAAAUGUUGAUAAGCAUCUGUUGUUAAUGAAAAUAAACAGCAACUUUGAAAUAGCAAACAGCAAACAGGUUAAUAUGACAUCAUCAGCUUAUCGUAAAUAAAUUAGCUGCAUUAUUCUAUGCAGCCUUUAGUAGUGUCAGGAUGCCAAUAUCAAGCAAACCUCUGAACCAGUGGCAAAUGCAUAUGUGUAUUUGUUUUCUAUUUGUUUGUUAAGCGGCCAUUUUACUUUUGCACUGUAUUGAAGGGAAAUUAAAGUAAUGCUUUCCCCCGUAUUGCUGUUCAACUACCUCUAUAAGCUUGAUUGCUUUAUAGUUUCCCUUCCUCUAAAUAUGUACAAAAACCAUUUCAGCUCAUUUAUGUUGUAAUAACAAUGUGAUACUAGAGAAUCUGCGUGAAAGUUGUUUGUUCAUUAAAAAAAGAAAAUGUUUCCUAAUGUCUCACUUUGUUUCUGACAAAACUGUACUCAAAUAUUUGGGAAUACUUUACCCGACCAACUUUGGUAUCAUUUGGUUGGAAAUUGAAAAGAAAGCUAUGGGAACGUCUAUCUUACUCUUGUUCCUAUUGGUUCUAUUUCAGCUAACCACAAGAUCCUUACAAAAAAUAGACCUGCACUGUGCAUGUGACAGUGAGGCAAGUGUGAAUCGAUUUCUUUGAUGAUGUGUUCUGAAAUGCUAGCCAUUAACUUGGUAUUAAAUGCACCACAAAAACUUA